AUGGGGAAAGGGCGCUCAAAGUACAAGCAAGGCCCUCCGGCCCCGCUCGAUGAGUCCCUCGUCACAAGAAAGCGCAAACCCGAAAACAUUCCUGUGGAAUCCCCCGUCCAGUCCAAGCGAAGGCGAGGUGGGGCAGCGAAAGGGAAAACAACCAACAGGAAAGAAAAACCAACUGCAAACCGCAAGGAGGAUUCAAAGAGGAAGAGGUUAUCUGUGGCUCCUCCUCCGGCCCAAGAGGCGAGGAAAGGACUUUUCGACGAUGACUCUGAUGAUAGGGUCACGGAUGAUGAGUCUGAUGUGGAACCCGGGGAUCUGGAGGUAGAAGAUGGAGGCCCGUCGUUGAAAGACGAUUUCCUUGCUGGCGAAUCGGAUUCGGAUGUGUAUGAUUCUGGUGAGGAGCAGGCUGGACACAUAUUCUCUGAAGACGAAGAUGAAUCAGAUGCGGAAGAAAAGCUCACAGCCGCAAACAUUGAGGGUCUUUCGAGAAAACUCGAUGCACAACUUGCACACGAGGCUGCAGAAGCACAAGCUGAAUUGGAGGAAUCUGCAAUGCAAACUAACAUCGCCGGUGAACCCAAGCCACAUAUUCUCGGAGAUCCCGACGACAAGGACGACCAAGCUGCUCUGGCUGCCCCCGACGUUACUUUACUCAGGACACGUAUCACUGAUACCAUACGAGUCUUGGAGGACUUCCCCAACUUGGCCGAGGAGGGAAGGUCCAGGGCUGAUUACACGGAGCAAAUCUUGAAAGACAUUUGCGCCUACUACGGCUAUUCGGAGUUUUUGGCUGAGAAAUUAUUCCACCUGUUUUCUCCCCAUGAGGCUUUCUCAUUCUUCGAGGCCAAUGAGAAGGAACGUCCUCAUGUUAUCCGUACAAACACUCUUAAAACUGGACGUAGGGAACUUGCGCAAGCCUUGAUUAACCGCGGCGUUACUCUGGAGCCCGUAGGAAAGUGGUCUAAGGUUGGACUUCAGAUUUUCGAAUCCCAAGUUCCUCUUGGCGCUACACCGGAAUACCUCGCCGGUCACUACAUCCUCCAAGCUGCAUCAUCUUUCCUCCCCGUCAUGGCUCUUGCGCCCCAGGAGAAUGAGCGGAUUCUAGAUAUGGCAGCUGCGCCCGGCGGUAAAACGACCUACAUUUCGGCUCUGAUGAAGAACACCGGGUGUGUCUUUGCGAACGAUUCAAACAGGGCCCGUACCAAGGGUCUAAUUGGUAACAUUCAUCGCUUGGGAGUCAAGAACACCAUCGUUUGCAACUACGAUGCCAAGGAAUUCCCUAAAGUUAUUGGUGGCUUUGACAGAGUUCUUCUUGAUGCUCCCUGUUCGGGCACCGGCGUUAUCUCCAAGGACCCCAGCGUUAAGACAAACAAGAACGCAAAGGAUUUCAUGUUACUCCCGCAUCUCCAGAAACAACUUCUUCUCUGUGCCAUUGACUCUGUCGACUAUGCUUCCCCUACUGGUGGAUAUCUUGUCUACUCCACAUGUUCAGUGACAGUUGAAGAAAACGAGUCAGUUGUCGAAUACGCCCUCCGAAAAAGACCUAACGUUAAACUCGUCGAGACCGGCCUUACUUUCGGAAGAGAAGGAUUCACCAGCUACCGUGGGAAGACUUUCAACGAGAAGAUGAAAUGGGCUAGGAGGUUCUACCCACACAUGUACAACGUCGAUGGUUUCUUUGUAGCAAAAUUCAAGAAGAUCGGGCCUACGAAGGUGGCAGCAGCAGCCAAUGGAAUCAAAGCGGAUGGGAUCCUAGAAGCCGAGGGGAAUGGAGUGGAUAAUGAUGAUGUUCCUUUUGGGGGAUUUGAUGAUGAGGCGGACAAGGAGCUUAUGGAGAGGGCAGCGAAAAGGCGCCUCAAGAAGAAGGGGAUCAACCCGAAAGCUGUGGUUGCUGGUGGUAAGGCGGAAGGGGCCACCUCGAAAAGAAUACGUUGAUCAGGUUCAUUCACGGACUUGUGCGCGGGCUUGUUUGCUUGUUAUCCAGGCAUGCUAGGGAAGUGCUGGAUAACGGUGAUGGUGGGAGCCGGGGAUGCGGGGGGUGCGAGAAUGGAGAUGGCAUUCAUAGGCCCUGGGUAGAAUAGAGGCCUGGUGGUGAAUGGAUAGCGCAUGUCGACUGAGGAUUUGCAAACAGGAUUCAGGUAUGGGGGUCUGGUUAUUUUGGGGGGGUGGGGGGCUGGCGGCGGUGGUCUUUGGUCCGUUGGUGGGUCCAAUUCGUGGUAUAGUCGGGGAUCGUGCUGGUUUAUCCACUGUU